AAGCCGUAGUAUGCUCGGCUAGGGUUAGCUUUCCGAUUGAUUUAAAAAAGAAAAAGAAAAAGAAAAAAAGGUUCGGGUUGUUCUUCCCAGAAUCGCAGAAAAUAGCAAAGUAUAACGCGACACUCUUCCUCAUCCUCUCUACUCCUUUGUAUCUCUCCGACUCUCCCAACUCCCAAGCGUUACUUAAGGAGACUUAUUUAAAUAUCAAGCAUGGGCGACAGUGAAACAGUUGUUGCUCAACAAUCUACUGCUGUGGAUGAGACAUCCAGUAUUUAUCAUUCUAGUGAUCAUAUGGAUAUAAAGUCAGAUGCUCCUGGUGAUGCUGCAAUUCCUACGAAUGAUGUGCCUGUUGAAGGUUCAGCUGAUGCAGCAUAUGCAAGUACUAAUUCUGAUGCUGGAAAUUCACACAUUCAUCCAACUUCUACUGCUCAAGAAGCUUCUGCAGCUUCUAAUGAGGAAAGGCCUUCUCUUGGAGAAGAAGAUGGGAACCAGACUUCUAUAGCUGGUGAAAGCACUCCUAUGGAAUUAAACCAGGCGGCUGUUUAUGAUGCAAGUGCGAAUGGGAUGGUCGCUGGUCUUCCAAAUGGAAAUAUUUCUAGCUCCCAUGAGGUGCAAGCAACAACAGCUGAACAACAGUUUGAAGAUGGUGCAGCUUUAUCUGCUGAAGAAGAACGUUUAUGGAGCAUAGUCAAAACCAAUUCGUUAGAUUUUAAUGUAUGGACGUCACUAAUUGAAGAAACAGAAAGGGUGGCACAGGACAAUAUCUUAAAAAUUAGAAAAGUGUAUGAUGCUUUUCUUGCUGAGUUCCCCUUGUGUUAUGGUUAUUGGAAGAAGUACGCUGAUCACGAAGCACGAUUUGGAGACAUUAACAAAGUUGUGGAGGUGUAUGAACGGGCAGUUCAAGGGGUGACGUAUUCUGUUGAUAUCUGGCUGCAUUAUUGCGGGUUCACGAUUACCACAUACGGAGACCCUGACACAGUUAGAAGGCUGUUUGAGCGAGCAUUGGCGUAUGUUGGAACAGAUUACUUGUCUUACCCUCUUUGGGAUAAGUAUAUUGAAUAUGAAUAUACGCAGCAGCAGUGGGCACAUCUUGCCUCAAUAUAUACUAGGAUAUUGGAGAAUCCAAAUCAACAGUUGGAUCGCUAUCUUACAAGUUUCAAGGAGCUAGCUGGCAGCCGUCCUCUGGCAGAACUAAGGACUGCUGAAGAAGCUGCAACAGUAGCAGCUACUGCCAAUUCAGAUAUUGAUGUUCAAGAAUCUGAAAAGGAGGUUAAUCCUGAUGCAAUGGAAGAAUCUUCUAAACCUGUAAGUGCUGGUUUAACAGAAGCCGAAGAGUUGGAGAAAUAUAUCACAGUUAGAGAAGAGAUAUAUAAGAAAGCUAAGGAGUUCGAUUCUAAGAUCAUUGGUUUUGAAACAGCAAUUAGAAGGCCAUACUUUCAUGUACGGCCCUUGAAUGAUGCAGAACUAGAAAAUUGGCACAACUAUCUUGAUUUCAUCGAAAGAGAAGGGGACUUCAACAAGAUCUUCAAGCUAUAUGAAAGAUGCCUAGUAGCAUGUGCUAAUUAUCCCGAGUAUUGGAUAAGAUACGUUAUGUUUAUGGAAGGAAGUGGAAGCAUCGAUCUUGCUGAUAACGCACUUGCACGUGCUACCCAAGUUUUUGUUAAGAGGCAACCUGAGAUUCACCUUUUUACUGCUCGCAUCAAAGAGCAACGUGGUGAUGUUCCUGGAGCUCGUGGUGCCUAUCAGCUUGUGCAUACUGAGAUUUCUCCUGGGCUAUUGGAGGCCACCAUUGAACAUGCAAACAUGGAAAGGAGGCUGGGAAAUAUGGAAGAUGCUUUCUCAUUAUAUGAACAAGCUAUUGCCAUUGAGAAAGGAAAAGAACAUUCGCAAGCCUUACCAAUGCUGUUUGCCCAAUAUUCUCGGUUUGUUUACCUGGUUUAUGGAAAUAAAGAAAAAGCUCGAGACAUUCUUGUUGGAGCACUAGAACAUGUCCAAUCAUCAAAGCCACUUUUGGAGGCAUUGAUUCACCUAGAAUCCAUCCAGUCGCUUCCAAAGCAAAUUGAUUACAUGGAUUCCUUGGUUGAUAAGUACUUGGCUCCAACACCUGAUAAUGCUGAUACUGCCAGUGUACUUGAAAGAGAAGAAUUAUCGAGUAUAUAUUUGGAGUUUCUGGAUCUUUUUGGUGACGUACAAUCCAUAAAGAAGGCUAAAGAUCGACAUGCCAAGCUGUUCUUGCGCCAUAGGAGACCAUCAGAGUCGAGAAAGCGUAAUGCUGAUGAUUUUAUGACUUCAGACAAGGCAAAGAUUGCAAAAUCAUACUCGGGUGUGCCUUCAGCAGCCCCAUCAGCAUACCCAACUACUCAAAAUCAAUGGGCAACAGGCUAUGGGACUCAGGCUCAACAAUGGCCACAAGCCGCUCAGACUGCAGCACAGCCAUAUAACUCGGCCUAUGCCCAACAGGCUGCAUAUAGUGGAUACUAUGGUAGCAGCUAUGCCCCUCAACCGGCCCCUGCAGCAGUACCACAAACAGCUGCUUAUGGCGCUUACCCUUCAACUUAUCCAGCACAGGCCUACCCUCAACAAUCUUAUGUGGCACCAGUGGCGCCAGUAGCAGCAGCCACAGCUCCAGCUCAACCUGGUGCUGUUCCUCAAGCAUAUUAUGGAAAUUAUUAUUGAAAUGGUCACGUUUAUUCUCUCGUGAGUUGUGAGUUGUAUGUCCGGCUGCAUGAUCUUCCCACUUUUUUCAGCAUAUUUGGCAGUGAGGCACCAUUUUCUGUUGUACUUACCGCUGGUGACAGAUGGAAGAAAAUGUUGUUCCUUUUCGGUGGGAGGUAGGAUUAGGAUAUCUGGUUAGGGAUGUCAAAUUUUACAAUCUGCAAGAUUGUAGAGAGAACAUAUGUUCCUUGGUUUUUGGUAUUCCGAUCAAUUUUCUAGUCUAGGAUAGUUUAGUAAAAAGCACAAAAGAACAGUGUGACUAUUGCUUGUAUUGUUCUAUUUUCAUCUCUAAUGCGUAUACUAAUUGCCAAAUUGAUUA